AUGCCUACUUCACCAUCAUCAAAGAAACUAAGGGCUACUGAUAUGGCUAAACACAUUUCCAAGAAGAAGAAGAAGAAAGGCAAAAUGAUCAUCUCUUCUGAGUCUACAGUUGAUGAAGAUGAAACAAUUCCAGAAACUCCAGAAGCUAAUCUUAACAAAGAAACUUCUGCUCUUGCACAGACAGCUGUUAUACCACCCAAAGAUUCGGUUGCCAAGUCAUUAUCUGAGGAGGCCCGAACUUCUGACAUUCUUGUAAACGUAUCUAAUACGGAUGCAAAUGUCAUCAUGGGUGAGGAUGAUUCGAAGAAAGAAAACCAAGAAAAUGCAUUCUUUGAGUUUAAAACCGCACUUGAGCUUGCUCAGAAGAUUAAAGAUCCAAUCGAGGAAAAAAAGGCUGCAAGAGGACUAGGAGCAUCAAUGCAGAGGCAAGGAAAGCAUCGAGAAGCCAUUAAAUACCAUUCCAUGGUUUUAUCAGUUUCAGAAAGAGAAGGUGAGGACUCAGGGAACACGGAAGCGUAUGGAGCAAUAGCUGAUUGUUACACUGAGCUUGGUGACUUAGAAAAAGCAGCAACUUUCUAUGAUCAAUACAUUGCUAGAUUACAAGCGGAUUGA